UUGGAAAGAAAAGAAUUAUCUAUCUUCCCUCUAUUGUCCGUUCCUUUGUCCCAGUCUUUUUUCCAUGAUCGGCACUAAUGGCGCGACGAAACCACACGACAACGCUUGGCUGCAUAGCAUGCGACGAGCUGAGCGAUUUAGGCGCAGGCAAAGAAUCCUGGCUCGUUGACAACCCUUUCCUUCUCUCUGCACUCGACACUCACUCUCUUGCUCUCUCUAACAAAUCCUUGAUCCUCAUUCUCGGAUGGUCUGAUGAUCCCUUUAAUAAUAUCAAGGUCAAGAUCCACCCUGAACUUUCCCCCAUUGAUGCUGAGUUCAUUAGUGCCAUUGAAUGGCUUGUUUUUGAUGAUAUUCGUGUUCUUGCUGUUGCCACUUCUUCUGGGUAUAUCUUCAUUUAUUCUUUGGAUGGUGGGUUGAUCCAUAAACAGAUGAUAUAUCCUGCACGAAUUCUGAAGCUUCGUGUUCGUGGAACAAAGAAAGAUAUUGCACAAGAUAUUUCAAAUGAGGAGGUUUGCUUUGUUAUGGAUAGAGUGAUUGCACGUUUUGAUGGAUCUGAUUUACAGAAUAUGCUACAGCGAUGGUUCCAAGAAACACAAACGAACCUUUGGGACCAGAAAAGGAAGAAGAGAGAUUUAGAUGAUUUUGAGAAUUCUUUUGAAAAGGUACCGUACCAGCUGUGGAGUGUUAAUAAAUAUGGAGCUUGUGCUGAUGCAGCAAUCACGGGUGUCAUGCCACCUCCAUUAAUGGAACUUGAGUCAAGCCAUCGUUAUUAUCGUGCAGUUGCAAUUGGCAAUGAUGCUGUCAUUUCAGCGUACAGGCUCUCAGAAGACAAGAAUAGAUCUCUUGUUGGCGCUAUUCUAUCAAAAGUUGUUCCCGCCACAUUUUCAACAAUAGCGUCAUUCUCCAAAUUGAUAUGGAGGAGUGAUAGAUCAGAACCCAAGAAAUCGGAACCGAAGCCUCAGCCAUUUGCUCGAGCUGCUUCUCUGACUUGCUUAAAAGAUCCGCCAAGGAAGGGAGAGAAAUUGACCUUGUCCCCUAGCGGUACAUUGGCUGCUAUUACUGAUUCACUUGGUCGUAUAUUGCUCUUAGACACACAAGCCCUUGUUGUGGUGCGACUAUGGAAGGGAUAUCGUGAUGCCAACUGUUUUUUCAUGGAGAUGCUGGCUAAUAAAGAGACUGUGUCAACUUCUUACCAUGAGCACAAGAAGAGCGAUUAUUGUUUGUGUCUGGCUAUUCAUGCUCCCCGAAAAGGAAUUAUUGAGGUGUGGCAGAUGAGAACAGGUCCACGUCUUCUAACGAUUCAAUGCGCCAAGGGAAGUAAGAUUCUUCAGCCAACGUACAGAUUCAGCUCGUCAAUGGCAUCCUCUUCAUUAUACAUGCCGUUAGAGGUUUUUAUAUUGAAUGGAGAGUCUGGUCAUUUGUCAGUUAUAAACAGAUCUCUUCACUAAUUUGAUUAAAUACAUUCUUUUGUAUUUUUUAAAGUUGUAUAAACUAUCAUGUAGUCAUAAUAGUGCUCAUAUACGUGUACUUGAUUCAAGUUGAAUUGAUUGAAGUAUUUUGGAGUACCUUACUGGGGCAUAAUUUCUUCAGGGACAUUGACAGAAUUGUAAAUUUAUCAUUUUAGCAAUUAAUGUUAGACCUAAUUCUUUAA